UUGUUAUUGAUGAAGAAUUUAUUUUUACAAUCAAAAGCUUUAUUUUCGCCUUUAUUUAACAUAUCUGCCAGGACAAUAUUUAAACCACCAACAAAUAUUCCAUAUUUGGGUAUUUACAGGACCAAUGGUGAAAUAUGUAGAAAGGAUGAUUUAUUAGUUUAUCAAAAAAGUAUGAAUUAUCAUCCAGGAGCCAACGUCCGAUGGCAUUCUUUUAAUGGUAGGCAUAUGUUAAAAGCUAAUUGUGAUGGAACUGUUUUAAUAACUCGUGAAGAUUGUAAUCCUGAUCCAAAUAUUAAAUUGAUGGAGGAUCUCUACGGCUAUAGAAAUUAUGAAAAUAUUUAUAAAUUGACUUUUAAUGUAAUUCCAAGAAAGAUGUCAAAUACGUUUUCACUUUUGGAUGAAGAAUGA